AUGAUCCGCAUCUUUCUCACCGACCGAGGUGCCCCACCGGAUUUGGGUUCCCCGGCCAGCGACGCCGGCUACCGUACGUACGAUCAUCAGGCGUUGCUGUCGGGCACGGCUUUCCCUCCGUUUCUGUGGAGGCGAGCGAGGCACCGGGAUUCCUGGCUGUGGGAGCUCGCUCGGCGGUGGCCGGUGGGUGGAUGCGUCCGGCUCGGGCGGCGACAAACGCGGCGGCGCGUCGGGCGGACGGGGCUGGAGGCGUGCGCGACCGGCCGGGGAUCACAUGGCCCCGGUCCAGCGCGCGGCGUGCCCGCGCCGCAGCGGCCCCCGUCCGUCGGCGUCGCGGUCGCCGUCCGUGUCCCGGAAGGCUCCGCCCAACAAGUGUCUCGCUCGCUGUGCGCAGUACGCCCGCCAGUUGACAGGCCGCCUGCUCGGAGGAAAGCCACUGCAGCCAGGGACGACCCGAUCCAGUUGGAAUUGGAGAAGGCAGUUUCCAUUCCAAAUUCUGGUGUCGGAAUCGAGCCAAAUCCAAAGCUUUGCGAUGACCGGGCGAGAUUGUGGGAUAAAGAAUUCAAGGAAUCAGGCUCGAUAUUGCGGGACAUGAAUCUGGAGAUGAACACACGCACUAGCUAUUGCGGGCGCCAUUUUCAGUUCCUCACAAACUAAACUUUCCACCAUCCUCUGGAAGCAUACAACAUGGAAGAGUUAUCCAAGGUGAAAGAAGAAGGGUGGUGCAAAGCAAAGCAACAGACAAGCGCCCAGCCCGGAAAUUGUAUGUGUCCACAUUCCACUGCUCUAUGUUCUAUGUAAGCACAUGAAAAGAAAGGCGAGACAUGUCACCUUUCUUAUACGCAUUUCCCUAAAAACUGUUCAGAUAGUUCUCAAUAUCA